UCAUAGACAUCUCUCCCCAGCCAUCCACCCACAGCCUGCAGCCACUCAUGACAUCUCUCCCCAGCCAUCCACCCACAGCCUGCGGCCACCACCAUGAGCAAGCGCCGCCAAAGGCGCCACAAAUUCAGCAACUGAGUUCUACCCACAAUCCAUUCCUCUCCACCACUGACCCAGCAAACCCGCGCGGCCGCAAAUGGCUUCUAGUGGCCCCCCGCAAUCAAAUGACUUGUUGUCCUGCUCUUCGACAAGUUGUCGGAGCCCAACUACAUCAUCGGCUGGCUCUAAAUCGAGGCGGAUCGAACCGAUUCGGGUCAAUUCAAAGGGUUAUGACAACGAACAAAUGGUUAAAGAUCUUGAGAACUCUACUGUCGAAAGAGAAAGCUGAAAACCUUGACUUCAAAGAGAUUACAACAAUGACAGAAGGAUACAGCAGAAGUGAUCUCAAGCUUACAGUGAGAGAAUUCUUACAGCAUGAGAGGCAGAGACAGAGAGACAAGGUGUGA